AUGCCACCCGGCCUUCUGCUCCCGCUUGUCGCACUUUCAUUUACAUGUCUGGUCGUUCUAUUGAUGCCGCUGGCCGUCGGUACCUUCUUCCCUGUCGAUGGUGACCGGCUGUUUCGAAACACCCUGUGCAGGCUUCUAACCUAUAGCAUGUGCGAGGGGACAACCACGAUGGCCGCAGUUGUUGCCAACUACGCUUUCCUAAGCGGCAUGAUGCUCUCACUCGUGGCCGGAAAGACAUCCACGGCUCUAUCGACAACCACCAGCAACACGAUCCCGCACAUGGAUGCCGCCUCGCCACUGGUCAGCUUUGCCCAACAUGUCGUCAGCAUGGCGUUCGACCAGGGCUACCGCCUGCGCUUCAGCUGGCCACCAGCACAGCUAUACGCGUCCUCCUCGCUGCGUCCGCUCUAG